CUUAAUUGGCUGAAUGUGACGGAACCUCUCUCCUUGUCCAAUCAUCUUGAGGGAAAACUGUUGGUGCUGGAUUUCUUUACGUACUGCUGUAUUAACUGCAUGCAUGUGUUACCUCAUCUGGAAGAACUCGAAAACAAACACACCAUUCAGGAUGGUCUGGUUGUGAUAGGAGUCCAUUCAGCCAAGUUUCUCAGUGAAAAGUCAACGAGUAAUAUUUUAAGUGCUCUUUUGCGGUAUGACAUAAAACACCCUGUCGUCAAUGAUUCAGAAGCUUUGCUGUGGCAACAAUUGCAGAUUAACUGUUGGCCAACAUUUGUAAUUGUAGCCCCCAAUAAAGAGUUUUUGUUCACCGUUGCUGGAGAGAAAAGCAAGGAUCUUUUGUUUGAAUUUGUCGAGGUUUCGCUGGAAUAUUUCAGGGAAAAGAAGGAAAUACAAUCUCAUAGUAUUCCCCUGUUUUUGGAAAAGGACAAGAGAGAAAUAUCUCCAUUGCAGUUUCCAGGAAAAGUUUCAGUCACAGAUCGUGAUGACUUGGUUAUAUCGAACACAGGAAACCAUAGCAUCCUGAUUGUCACCUACAAUGGUGUUGUCAAGGAGAAGAUUGGUGGUGUGAAAGGUUAUCGUGAUGGACAUUUCCAGGAAGCCAGGUUUUCAUCUCCUCAAGGCACAGCUUCACUGGGGAGUCUUAUAUUUGUAGCAGACACAGACAACCAUGCAAUAAGACGAAUUGACCUUGUUGAACAAAGAGUGGACACGAUAGUUGGUACAGGAUGUCAGGGUUAUGACACGGAGGGUGGUAAGACUGGAACUUGUCAGGAGAUUUCAUCGCCCUGGGAUCUUGUCAUAGGAACAUCGCCACAUUCAGAAGAGCCUGAUGUUCUCUACAUUGCUAUGGCUGGAAGUCACCAGAUCUGGGUGUAUUUCUUCAAAGAUGUUACUUGGUACAAAAACCAACAGUUCAAAGCUAAGACUUGCGUCCGGUUUGCUGGUUCUGGUAAUGAGGAGAAUCGAAACAACAGUUACCCACAGAAAGCAGCAUUUGCACAGCCGUCUGGGCUUGCGCUGUCGCCCAGGGGGAAUCUCAACAUGCUAUACAUCGCCGAUGCCGAGAGUUCCAGCGUGCGACAGAUCUCACUGAAGGACGGAAUGGUGAAGGCUUUGGUUGGAGGAGAGCGAGACCCUCGGAAUUUGUUUGCAUUUGGAGACCAGGAUGGAGUUGGUGUGGAAGCCAGGUUACAACAUCCACUGGGUGUGGCUCUGGUCACUGAGGGAGGUCAUCUAAUCGUAGCAGAUUCUUACAACAAUAAGAUUAAAUCUGUUGAUCUGAAAACCAAAGUGUGCACCACUGUGAUUGGUUGUGGGUUGCCAGGUAACCACUUGAGUGACAACCACUUGGAGGUGAAGCUGAAUGAGCCGGGUGGAGUUUGUGUCAAUCAAAGAAAGCAGCUCGCCUACAUUGCAGACACCAACAACCACUCCAUUAAAGUGUUAAGUCUCACUGCACACACACUGAAAGAGCUUCCAAUAAUAUUUCCAAGUGCUACUAAACACCAGAAAGCUCCAGCUUCUUCCGAGUCUGCUGUAAUUCCCGAUCGUGUUCUCGAGCCAGUGAGCAUCAAUUCUAGAUGUGAGGUUCAAGUUGAACUCACCAUUCAGCUGAAUGGGGAACACCUCAAUGACGAGGCACCAAAUUCCUGGAAAAUAAUUGUUUCAGAUCCUGCUGAAACUCCCAUGAAGACUCUGAAAGGCCGUUUGAAAACGAGUUACCAGCAGACGAUAACAGAGUUCAUUAUUCCUCAGACAAAUGGUUUGACACAAAUGUCGGUCAUGCUGGUACUGCAGUUGUUUAUCUGUCGGGCAGAUGACACAUGCACUGUGAGAACUGUAGCCAUUGAUCAACCUCUGAAUAUUGUGCAGAGUGGCAGACAAAAACAGUGUUUGAUGUUUGAUUUUGAUACCAGUCAGUUAUGAUCAGGUGUGAAAAUAUGUGUCUGACGCACAUGUUAGAUAUCGUGUGAGAUUUGUGGUAUCGCACAUCGAUCUCCAGUGGAUGUGUGAUACUUAUUUAAAGACAUCUGAUUGGUUGCACCAUGGUGAUGACCUAAAUGCCAAAGCUAUACCAUCCAGUGAAUUAAGAAUUUGAUUGCUCUGUGAUGUACAAGUUAACCUGAAACUGAUUGCUCUGUGAGGCACAAGUUAACUGUAAGCAUAGUUAACCUUUAGCACGCCAGCUAAAGUUUUGAUUGAAAAAGACAUUUAAAUUCUGGAGGAUAUGUUACAAACAGAAUACUCAACUCGUAUCCAUUAGAUGUCAUUGAUCUUGCAACUUGUUUAAAAAUGUAUUCAACUUGCAUUUGCUCGUUAGAUACUUUUCAAAAUAACUUCUAAAAUUAUAAAUGGUAUCUUAAUGGUAACUCAUGUAUUAUUCUCUAUUUACAUAUUUUACAUCUAGUCUUUUCAAUGAAAACUAGUCAACAGUUGAUUUAUUUCAGUUUAUUUCUAUGCUUUUAUCAAAUAAAUGGCAGAAUGUAGCCCAGUGGCAAAGUACUCUCCUGAUGCGUGGUUGGUCUAGGAUCAAUUCCCAUCAGUGGGCCCAUUUGGUUAUUUCUUGUUCUGGCCAGAGCUUCACAACUGGUGUAACAAAGUCCAUAGUAGUUACUGUCCAUUCUAUGUGAUACUACAUAUAAAAGAUCCCUUGCUGCUAAUCAAAAUGGGUAGCCCAUUGUGUGGCGGAAAAGAGUUUUUUUUUCUCAUUAUCUCUGUGGUCCUUAUCCAUAUUUUCGAUGCCAUAUAACCAUAAUUUAAAAAUGUGUUGAGUAUGUCGUUAAUCAUUCCUUCUUUAUUCAUUUUUGGUUCAAGCUUGAUGUUCUUGGCACUUGAUUAAGAGUAGUCAAAGUUGGUCACCAGUUUGAGCAUCAGAUAUAUGGCUAUAUUAUAAUCUCAAUCUAAUUAAAAUUAGCUCCAUUAUUACAUGUGGAUCUAACACCAGCCAGUUGAAGCUCAU